AUGAAGAGUAUAUUAAAUGCACAGAGGUUGCUGCAACUGUCGCAUUUUAGUCCGAAGUUAAAAGGUAUCUGGUAUUUGGCGGCCGCUAGCGUAUUUAGCGUAGCUAACCAACCUCAAGAGAUACCGAAACUGUAUCAUUAUGCUCUUGCGUUGGGUGGUGAAGAUGCACAUAAGUUUAAAGUGACACUGGCACAUAAUACUACGGAGUUGUUGAACAAUCCUGACAGACAACGGAUUAUCAAUGAGAUGUACGAUAAUCCUACGUCGAGACAACUUCGGAUCAGUGAAAAAUUUAGAGAGACUCUUUUGAAGACGGCGCCAUUGGCAGGCCUUCCAAAGGCCAUUAAUGGGCUACAAGCGUUGAAAGAAGUGACACCAGGGACAUUGUUGCCUCAUAGUAAGGAAAUUGAUCCGUGGAACAUUGCAAUGGGAUUGGAGAGGCCAUGUCCGAUGAUUUUAAGAGAUGAGAUUAAUAGUAUGGAAGACCAAAAUAAGAUGACCAGGAGAGGGGUACGACAUUGGAAUUUGAUAUAUAACAAGGUUUCUGGACGUGUAGUGAACAAUUUGAAUUCAUCAUAUCCUGAUCUAUGGUAUUUCACGAUGAAACACGUUUAUGGUCCGUUACUCUCUUUUGACAAGAUAUUGAAUGCUCAGGAGACAAGUCUUAUAAUAAUAGCGUCAUUGAUCCCACAGGAUGUGAAUCCGCAAUUACGUGGACAUAUGAAGGGGGCAUUAAAUAUAGGAUGUGAAUUGGAGACAGUUGAAAUUUUACGUAGAUUUUCUAUCUUAAUAUCGGAAUGGUGUGGUAUUGAAUGGAAGGAGGACGUUGUUAAAUUAUUACCUAAAACUAGAAAACUCAGUAAAUAG